AUUAUGCUUUAAAAAUUGAUAGACGCAUCUAUUAUAAUAUAUACCAAUUUAGAAUUGAAAACAAAAUAUUUAUAUAAAAAUAAAUGAAAACAAAAAUCUGCGCGGUUGCGGGGAUCGAGAUCUAGUAAUUAUGUUAGAAUGAACCAUGGAACAAAUCCAAAGAGUUAUACUAUUAGACCUUCUCCAACCCGCCUCUAAUUCUAUCUCUAUAUUUUUUCUCUAAAAUAGAGAAACUCUAUUAUAGAGGUGAAAAUGCUCUAAUGUAUGCCUCUAUAAUAGAGUUCUUCUAUUUUAAAAGAAAAUAUAGAAAAAAUAUAUUUAUAUAUUUUCCCGUAUAAAUAGAUGAACUAUAUUAUAGAGGCAUAUAUUGGAGCAUUUUCACCUUUAUAAUAGAAAUCUAUAUUUUAGAAAAAAUUAUAGAGGUGUACAUUGGAGAUGCUAUUGGAGUGAAAUAUAGAGAAAGUAUACUAAUUAAAAAAGGGAAAAUCGCAUUUUUAACCUUCAAAGUGACACUUUCUAGCACUUUAAACCUCCAACCUUUUUCACUAGCACUUCAAUACCUCAACCCUCAAAACUUAUCAUAUUAAACCUUGAAGUCGUUUUCCGCGCUUAAGCCUCCAGGCGAUUUGACGGUAAUGUUCACGCCGUCAUCCUCACUAAAAACGUGUGUCGUUUUUUUAAUUAAAAAACACCAGAUACGUUUUUUUAUCUUUUUUAUCUGUUCUAAAUCGAAUUGGGGAUCUAAGGUUACUCAAAAUCAAAAUCAGAAGGAGAAAGCUCGAUUAAGUGAUAGGAAAUUUCGUGAAUCAAAGCAAAUAUGGGGUAAGGGUCCGCGAGUCAUCGAUUUGAUCUAUUCUUUCAAAAAUUUCGAGUUUUACAUUCGUUUUAUCUCUCGAAAUUGUCUAAAGUUUAAGCAAUUGAUUACAGGGAAGCAACAUAAAUGAAGUUAAAGAUUCAUUUUGGAGGUUCAAUGAAGAAGGAUGGUGAAGGAUAUGCGUAUGUUGGUGAAACGGGCACCAAAAAUGUGGAGUGGAAGAUUGACGAGAUCACAUGGGAGAGGUUCAGUCUGUUUUGCAAGGAAGAUUCACUGAUACGAGCACCAAUUGGACUGCUUUGGUUCAAGUUCGAGAAAGAGGAGAUGAAAGACCUGAGAUAUGCAUAUGAUUACUUGGAUGAGGAGAUGCGUAUACUUCGUUCUGCGGGGAAGCUAGGAGUAGAUGUUGUUGAAGUGUUCGUGGAACACAUACCAAACACCGAACAAGACGAGCGUUCGUGUAGUGAUGAAGAUGAAGAUGUUGACAGACCAAAGGAAGACGAUGAGCCUGAAGAAUCAGAGGAUGAAAAUCCGACUAUUCAAGAUAUGGGAUUAUGAAGCAGAGUUACAUAGAUCAAAUGGUGGUAUAAGCACUGAAUUAUGCACAAGAGAGGCUAACGGUGUUCAGAUGUUUGACUGCUUUUAUAUUUGCUUCAAGGAAUUACGUGAAUCAUGGAAGAGUUGUUGUAGACCUGUAAUAGGUCUUGAUGGAUGCUUCUUAAAGUGGGAUUUAAAUGGAGAUUUGCUUGCAGCAGUUGGUAGAGACGCUGAUAACAGAAUGUUUCCCAUUGCUUGGGCAGUUGUAAGAGGGGAAAACAAAGACACUUGGGGCUGGUUUGUGAAGAAGCUAAAGAUGGAUCUCGACUUGGGAAAUGGCAAGGAUCUGACCAUCAUUUCGGAUAAACAAAAAGGUCUUGUUCAUGCCAUACAGUUGGAACUCCCUGAUGCAGAACACCGCAUGUGUGCUAGACAUAUUUAUGCGAAUUGGAAGAAGCUUGGGUUUGCGAGAUCAGAGUUUAAAUCUUUGUUUUGGGGAGUUGCUUACAGCUACACUAAAGGAGAGUAUGAAGAGAAGUUGAGUCUAUUAGAGGCAUAUAAUGUUGUAGCACACCAAGAGUUACUCAAGACAGACCCUAAGAGGUGGUGUAGAGCAUAUUUCAGUGUUGAUUCACACUGUCCUGACGUGCAUAAUAACUUAUCUGAGAGCUUCAACAGAACCAUAAAGAUGGCAAGGGCGAAACCCGUGAUAACUAUGUUGGAGGACAUUCGAAGACAAGCUAUGAAGAGGAAUUCAAGGCGGUGGUUUAUGGCAGAUAAGUGGGAUACUAUUGUUACACCAAUCACACUUGCUUUAUUGGAGAAAGCAAGGAUUGCCAAGAAAUAUUGUUCAACACUACGAAGCAGCUCAAGUUUGUAUGAGGUUAAUGAGUGUGAUAAUGGUUACACAGUGAAUUUGGCAACACAUCAGUGUGCUUGCAGGCGAUGGGAUCUUACUGGUAUACCUUGCAAACAUGAUGUCUGUGUGUUUGAUGAUAAUCAAGAAGACCCUGUGAAGUAUACAUCCGAGUAUUACUACACCCAUAAGAUGAAGAAAACAUACAACGAGAACAUCAAGCCCGUCAAUGGUGAAAACUUGUGGAAGAGGCUAGGAAAACCAUCAAUAGGAAUACCAGAGUUAAGGAAGCCAAGAGGUAGACCAAGAACAAGAGAGAGGAGAAAAGAGCCAUUUGAAGACCUUGAAAACGCUGGAAAAUCGACAAGACACGGACGUGUGCCCAAAUGUAGCCGUUGCCUUCAGAUGGGUCACAUUAAAAGUGGCUGCAAAAAUGAACAAGUGGUUUAUGAGGGUCCAAAGAACAAACGUGUACGACCUCGUAUACAUCCAGUGGGUCCGCCUAAGCCUCCUUCAACAAGAAGAAAAAGAACAAGCUCUUCUCAACCUGUUCAAGCUGCUGAAUCAUCCUCUCAGAUACCAACUCACUCUACUGCUCCACAGCCAUCAGUUUCAUCCACUGAUCCAAAGCCUCAUGCCAAGAAAGCUCCAAGAGGACUUCCUUUGAAGGUAAGGAAGAUAACUAAUAUUCCUCAUGGUGUUGGGACAUUAUGGAGUCCAUUCACAAAUCGACCUUUUGAGGUGCUUGGAGAUCGAGUUUAUGAUAGGUCCGACCUAAACCCACAACCUCCUCCACAAGAGUGAUUAAAUCUAUGUAUGAUCUUGAUGUUGUUUAUGUGUCUUCUCGGAAUCUGUCUUUUUUUGUGUCAAUGACUUUUGUUGUUCACAUGACUUGGAAUUUGUCUUUUGUUGUUCUCAUGA